AUGGCAGAAUACAAACUCUCUGCUUCUCUCGCAGGCCACGAGGACGAUGUCAAAGCAGUCAUAUUCCCCUCCCCCAAAGCCGUCAUAUCAGCCUCACGAGAUCAAACUGUGCGAAUAUGGAACCUCCUUUCCGACAACCCUCCUCUCUUCGACGCCUCAAUAUGCUCCAACGCCACGGGCUUUGUGAAUAGCGUCGCAUACCUUCCCCCAAGUGCUAAAUACCCCGAAGGUCUCAUUAUAUCUGGUGGAAAGGAUACCCUCAUAGAUGUGCGGCAGCCAUCGAAAGGUCCGACAGAUAAUGCCGAGGCUCUACUGCUUGGUCAUUCCAGUAACAUCUGCGCUUUGGGUGUAGACCCAGCUGGAAGGUUUAUCGUCAGUGGGGGAUGGGAUGCCGAGGCAAGGAUAUGGCCGGUUGGGAAGUGGGAAUGUCAAGCUGUUCUCCGGGGCCACGAAGGCUCUGUCUGGGGUGUGGUGGCUUAUGAUUCCGAGACCAUCAUUACUGGUUGCGCCGACACCAAGAUCCGCGUUUUCAAUACAAGCGGGAAGUUAUUACGGUCGAUUUCAGCGGGACAACACCCCGUGCGAGCUUUAUGCAAGAUACCGAGGGGUCAUCCAUCAGGUGCAGACUUUGGUUCGGCAGACAAUGAAGGCAUCAUUCGCCUGUGGACUCUAGGAGGCCAACAAGUGGCACAGCUGUCGGGCCACGAGAGCUUUAUCUACGCCCUAAUAUGCUCACCAUCUGGUGAACUGUUAAGUGCGGGUGAGGAUAGGACUGUGCGCAUCUGGAAGGGCACCGAAUGUGUGCAGACGAUUACACACCCAGCUAUCUCCGUUUGGGGGGUGGCUGUUUGCGCAGAGAAUGGGGAUAUUGUAACUGCGGCGAGCGAUAGGAUCGUACGAGUGUUUACGAGAGAUCCGGCGCGUGUGGCAGAUGCAGAGACCACCAAAUUCUUCGAGGACUCGGUCAAGGAGUCAUCCAUACCCCAGCAGCAACUACCAGAAGUGAACAAGGAGAAGCUACCAGGGCCAGAUUUCCUAACUCAGAAGGCCGGCACGAAAGAUGGGCAGGUGCAGAUGAUUCACGAGCUGAAUGGCGCGGUCACUGCACAUCAGUGGUCAGCGGGUCAACAGCAAUGGAUUAACGUAGGGACAGUGGUAGAUGCGGUGGGAAGCAGUGGCAAGAAGGUCGAGUACCUUGGCAAGGAGUACGAUUAUGUUUUUGAAGUUGACAUUGAGGAUGGAAAGCCUGCCUUGAAGUUACCAUACAACCUGUCCCAAAACCCCUACGAAGCAGCUACGAGUUUUAUCGCCCAUAACGAGCUUCCUGUAUCAUAUCUAGACCAAGUCGCCGAUUUCAUCACUUCGAAUACAAAGGGUGCUACUAUCGGCCAGGCACAGGAACAGAUUUCUGCUCCAGACCCAUGGGGCAGUGACAACAGAUAUAGACCUGGUGGAGAAUCAGCUGCCGCGUCUACUCCAGCUCCUCCGAAGAUAAUCCCACAAACAGCAUAUCUGAACAUCACCACGGGACGAAUUCCAGCGAUUCAGAAGAAGCUUGGGGAGCUCAACCAAGCACUCCUUACAGAUGGCCACAAAGACGUCUCUUUGAACCCGGCAGAACUUUCGCAAUUGGCAAGUCUAUGUAAACAUCUAGAGUCAAACGGUGCAACGAAGACCUCGCAAUCAAUAUCAGGAGGUCUUGAUCUGGCCGUGAAAAUAUGUACAACAUGGCCAUACAAAGACCGCCUGCCUGGUCUAGAUCUCCUCCGACUCCUCGCAGUUGCGCCUCAAACAGCGACAUAUUCGCACCCCCGAGGGGGAAAUAUCAUUGAUGUGUUCGAGCAGGGGGCUACAGAAACGCAACCCCCAACACUAAAUCUCGUGAUGAUGGCAGUUCGAGGAUUUGCGAACCUGUUCGAGUCACCUGAAGGUCGAACACUAGCCGUCAACGAGUUUGAUAAGAUUCAAAACAUAGUCGGUACAGCUAUCACGAGCUCCACUGAUAGGAAUCUGUCGGUUGCAGCUUCGACGCUUUACAUCAACUACGCCGUAUAUUUCAAGACGGCGAGUCAAUCUCCGUCAUUCGAGCAUGUCAUCAAGAUCAUUGAAAGCCUAGGCAAUAUUCUAAGCAAACAAGUAGACGCUGAAGCUGUUUACAGAGCGAUGGUGGCUACCGGUACACUGCUGACGCUUGAUGAUGAGACGAGAAGUGCAGCAAAGGAUGUAUAUAACAUUGAGAAAAGCAUCUCGAUUGCGGUGGCUAAGGCUAUGGAUCCGCGGAUCAAGAAUGCAGCGAGGGAGAUUGCGAGUUUAUUGAAGGCGUGA